AUGGCAUUUUCGUCAUACGAGGAUAUUCUCAAGGAGUUACACAAGCAGAUCUAUGCGAAGCUUGAGAGACGCGAAAUUACCGAGCUGCGCUUUGCGAAGGUUGGAACCGCCUGCGAAGUACUCCACCCAACCAUCUUAAAUCACUUGUACCUUAGCGUUGUGCCUCAGCACAUAUCCACAGAAGAGUACUUCGGCAUUGGUAUAACUGCAGAGACACUUGUCUCUCGGACUGAAGAACGAUGCCUCCAUGAUUUUCUAGCUACUUUAAUUUAUGCGCGCUGUAGCAUAGAAGCGGCCAGGCAUUUUAUCACUACUCUUCUUCUUUGCCCCCCUUCCGCUUGGCCAAAGUAUUGCGAUGGGGGGCGCAGACUCGACGAACUACCAGCAAACCGCUUACAGCUUCAGCAAGUAUUCGGUAUUGACAGCGAUCCUGAUACCAACAGUUUCAUCGACACCCAACCCUGUUUUUGUCCCAUCGUUCUCUUACAAGGUGAGGAUGUUCAAGUACCUGAAGGCGGGAGGCAAAGGCUCCCCUACUUAUCUAAGGAUAAGCUACUUGGAGAAGGGGCUUAUGGCCAAGUAUACAGCGUUAAAGUCGCUGCGGGACAUUUGAGAGAUAACCAUUCUUCGAUGGCAAAUACGAAGCCUAUCUUGAUAGCCCGAAAAGACUUCAAGAAAAGUGAUGGGUUUCAGAAAGAGUACGACAAUAUGAAACGGAUCUUAUACACGACUCGGAAAUGCGACAAUAUCCUCGAGACAUUGGGUAGUCUUCAACGUGGUGGGAACACCUUCAGCUUAUUCAUGCCUCUGGCAGAGUGCGACCUUGGGAAAUGGAUGAAGAUGAAUUUGCCGCCCACCCAUGAUUUGAAAAAAGCUGAAUUUCUCCAAUGCGCGUCGGGACUUGCAGAUGGUUUAGAGUUCCUUCAUUCAGAAAUUAAGGAUGAAAACCACAACCGGAUGAUCUGUUACCAUAUGGAUCUAAAGCCGGCGAACAUUCUGGUUUUUCGUCACGAGAGGGAGCCUGAUAAGCUCAUAUGGAAGAUCAGCGACUUCGGCAUGUCGCGCGUUAAGUUUCUGCGUCAUAACACCAAUGCCGAUUACAGGGAUAUCAGUAUCGCCUUUCAGAAGAGGGAAGAAACAAUCGUGUCAGGGACGGAGAAUCAACGAGCUGAGGGCACCUUCCUUGCGCCAGAGUCGAGUGUUUCAUUGCGGAAAAUGAAUGAGAAAAGCGAUGUCUGGUCAUUAGGGUGUGUUGUGAGUGUCAUACUCACAUAUCUUGAUGAGGGGCAAGGUGGCAUUGACAGAUACUCGGAUGAUCGCUGUGAUCGCUCCAAGCAGCAAGGAGCGGGAAGUGGUGAUUUUUUCUUCAUCCAUCAUAACAAUUUCGGGAAAAAAGCCAAAGUUAACCCGGCUGUCAAAGACUGCCAUAAGCGCCUUAUCAAACAAGCUAAGCUCAGAAGUUCAGCUGAAGGAGACGUGGUGGCGGACUUAUUGAAACAUAUUGAAGAAGACAUCUUGCAACUAGACCCGAGUCGAAGGGAUUCCGCAAAAUCGAUCAGCGAUAAGCUUCUCAAAGCCUCCGGUGCUUACCUGAAGCCAAAAAUGGAUGCGGAGAGUGAUGAGGAACGUGGAGCUCUAUAUAUGAUAAGCAAGUUCAUGAAGCCGUUUAAACAAAGACUCUCUCAUCGGGGGGAAUUAGACGGGGCCCAAAUUAGAAGUUGGCCACUCGCAGAUGCAAGAGCUUUUGUUGGGUGCUCUAUCUCACAUAGCGGCGUCGUUAUAGCCUAUUGGUCGAGGGAAUGGAUCAACCUAUAUAACGCGCAAUCAUUCUUGCCCUAUAAUGGAAAGGAGAUUAAUAAGGUUGCCGAGCAUAAGCUUCGAGAUUUUGGUGAAUGGAAAAACGUGAGACUCACUGAGAAAUACCUUAUUGCUUCGACAACGGGGCCUCGACCUCAUUUUUACCUAUUCAAUUUGGACAGAUACGAUAGGUCGGGGUUGUGGUUCGACAGAGAAUACGAAAUCGUACUUCCAACAUCGAGCGAAAGUGGGGUUUAUCAUAUAGCCAUCUCACCAGGCGGCAAAACAAUCGCCUGUGUGACUCCUCAGGACGAAAACACGUCUUACGUCUGCUAUGCCGACAUCGCAAGUCUCCUCCAAAGUGGAAGCCAAGCGACAAAUUCUGAGACGACAUCAACCUCAAGUGAUGAACUACAACAUAAAGUCGGUCACAAGAACCUUUGGCAUCAAUUUUCCGUCAACGCUCCAGAAAGAAACGUGACACAUUUGCUAUUUCCCUCGGAUGACUAUCUCUGUGUGGUCGCUCAGCCAGAGAUAGAUAAACAACAUAAUGUCCGGAUUUCAUGUUUAACAUUAUUCUCCGGAGCCGUUGUGACUUUACUACUAGAAAACCCCCUUAACAAAACGCCUGAAAAUUUCGACAGUGGCAACUCAGGACGCCUAUUCACGACGUUGGCAAAUUUAGAUGACAAGCCGACGUUUAUUAUUGUUCGCUAUGGAAACCAACUACUUAUUCGAAGCUUCGAGAUUACGAAUGAUUACAACGUCAAUACGAACACGAUUCUUCAGAACUAUUCCAUCGCCGAGCUAUUCGUGGAUAAACAACGAUCAAGACUAUUUGCUCUGGGCAGAAAAACGGGAAAACAUAUGAUGCUAUUGUUAGAACUGCCCAUUUCUCGCUCGGGUCGCAUAGAGAAGCCCCGGGAGAUCAAAGAACUAACAUAUCUCCAUUAUGGCGACAAGUUCUCUGCUAGGCUUCUCAACAGUGAAGACAUACCCUCUAUCCAAGGGUCAGGGGAGCUUGGGGAAACGAAUGAGGGCGGGGCUAUUAUUAUAUCAUCUUAUGCUAAAACUUUUACCACGAUAUAUUGGAUCAAUCUCCCUAGGUAA